AUGAAGACAGGAAAUCAAAGCAUCAAAACAGAUUUUAUACUUUCUGGCCUUUUCCAAUAUGGUCAAAUGGACACUUUCCUCUUUGUUGCCAUUGUAAUCCUCUUUGCAGUGGCUCUGAUGGGGAAUAUCAUACUGAUCCUUCUCAUUCAAUUGGACACCAGACUCCACACUCCAAUGUAUUUUCUACUCAGUCAGCUCUCCUUCAUGGAUAUAAUGAACAUCACCACCACAGUGCCCAAGAUGGUCACUAACUUUCUGUCAAAUAGUAAGACCAUUACUUUUUUAGGCUGUGAGAUUCAAACAUUUGUGUUCAUAGUCCUUGGUGGGACUGAAGCUCUUCUCCUUGGUUUCAUGUCCUAUGAUCGAUAUGUAGCCAUCUGUCACCCUUUGCAUUAUCCUUUACUCAUGAGCAAGAAGAUCUGUUGGUUCAUGGUCACAUGUGCAUGGACCAGUUGUUCUAUCAAUGCUUUAGUACACACAUUGUAUGUAUUUCAUCUUCCAUUUUGUAGAUCACGGCUCAUCAACCACUUUUUCUGUGAACUUCCAUCUCUAUUACAACUGGCAUGUCAGAACACUUCCCAGUAUGAGUAUACAGUCAUUCUGAGUGGGCUUAUUAUUCUGCUGCUGCCGUUCUUGGCCAUUCUAGCAUCCUAUGCCUGUGUACUUACUGUGGUGUUCCAGAUGAGCUCAGGUAAAGGACAGACAAGAGCUGUCUCCACUUGUUCCUCUCACCUGAUUGUGGCAAGCCUAUUCUAUGUGACUGCUCUCUCCACCUAUACAAGGCCACACUCCUUGCAUUCCCUGGGACAGGAUAAGACAGUGGCAGUGUUUUACACCAUCAUCACACCUCUUCUGAACCCAUUUAUCUACAGCCUGAGGAAUAAAGAAGUUAUUGGGGCCAUGAGAAGUCUGUUGAUAUAA